AUGACUGCUUCGCCUGAUGCUGUGGUGGGUGCCAUUUAUGCAGAUGAAAAGCCCUCGCGCCGGGCUGUCUCCAUCAGCUCCGUCGACUCCGAGCCCAUUGUGCGGCAGGCGUCGGUUCAGUCGGCUGCGUCGUCGCAUUCAGAGACCGACGGCGUACAAAGGCGGGGUUGGGUGAUUCCGGAAGGCGACGAGGCGGUGCUCGACGCCGACGCUGUAGCGGACAUGCCAACAACUAUUCCCAUGGAAGAGAUCUCCGAGGCCCCCGUCGCCGUCGUCCAAUCCACGUCGGCGGCGAGUCGCUCGUGCAUCGCCGAGGCGGCACCUGGGACGCUGUCCAUGGACGUCGGCACCCGCCUUUGCCUCGUGGACGGCACCAUCGUUGGGUGCAUCACCUCGGUAUUAGGACCUGUCAAGCAGGCGUUUUACGUGGUGAAGUCGGCGCGGGACGACUUUGAAGCGCUGCUUUCUACUUCCCGGUUGGUGGAGGGCACAUCCCUGCACUACGACCUGGCGCAUCAGGAAGUGAUGUACGACCCUUUUGUGCAGUGCGACACAGCAAAAGGCACCGAUGCAAGCUAUGUUAACGAUGAGGAGCUGCCCGAGCACGUCCGGCCUGACUUCUCCGACGAUGAUAAGGAGAUGGAGUGGAAGCGACUGAAACGGGAGCGCGUGGAGGACAACGAGAGCGUUAGCUCCGACGAGCCACAGGAGGAGAUCGAGUGGUCCAAGCUGGACCUGGACGGAGAUGUGCCGCCGACUUCGGGUAGGGCACACGUCGUCGUUCCGCAGUGGCUUGAGAGUCCCGAUGACCGUCACCCAAAGUAG